AUGACCCGAACGGUCCGCCUCGCCGCAGCCCAAAUGGGCACAACCAACAAAUGGGACGACCGAACCGAUACAUUGGCUCGAAUGAUCGCACUGCUCAGAGAAGCCGCAUCGCAAGGCGCGCAGGUCGUCCUCUUCCCUGAGAUUGCUUUCACCACGUUCUUCCCGCGGUACCUGAUCACCGACGAAACCGAGUUGGAGAGCUGGUUCGAGCACGGCGACAUCCGCACAGCACCCAACACAAAAGCCCUCUUUGAUGCUGCGCAUGAAUUAGGCGUCGAUAUCUGCGUCGGCUUCGCAGAAGCGACUGAAUCAGGCGAGCACUAUAACAGCUGCGUGUACUAUCAUGCUGCCACCGGCGACAUCUUAUCGCGGUACCGCAAAAUCCAUCUGCCUGGGGACUUCGAACCGCUUCCUGAUCCGACAGCCGUGAACCAGCUAGAGAAGAGGUACUUUCUUCCUGGGAAUCUGGGGUUCAAGGCGUUUCGGGUGCCGGGGCUUGUCGAACAAGUCCUCAAGUCUGAUUCUAGCGCUGGCACAGAAGGAACGGCGAAAGGAGACCCAAUCUUGGGGCUCAUGAUUUGCAAUGAUCGCCGCUGGGCCGAGUCCUGGCGUGCGUACGGACUGCAAGGCGUUGAGAUCGUGCUGUGUGGAUAUAAUACUAACGGCUUUGCGCCGCAAUUCUGGGGACAGAGCGGAGAUAUGUCCCGAGAAGAGGCGGAAGCGCUCUCACUCUUUCACCACAAACUCGUUAUGCAGGCACAUAGCUACACGAAUGCCACCUUCUCUGUCAGUUCGGCACGCUGUGGCAACGACGACGGGAAGUACCCCCUCAUCGGAGGCAGCAUGAUUGUAGACCCAGAGGGGCGGGCCAUUGCAGAGACGAAGACGGUUGAGGAUGAGGUGAUUGUUGCAGAUUGUGAUUUAGAGCUUUGUAACGCUGGCAAGAAGCGGACGUUCGAUUUUGCAAGGCAUAGACGCGUGGAACAUUAUAAGAUCCUGGUGGAGCAGACGGGGGUAGUUGAACCGCCUCUGCUUGCCGAUACGUCUGCGGUUGGUGGCAUCGAGGAAGAGGCUCGUGCCCCUCCUGUUGAGACGAACUCGACGAUAUCACCCGAUAUCAUCAGGGGAGAUACUGGACCAGACAAGAAAUACCGCAUCCUAUUGGUAAACCCCAACGCCACGUGGUCCAUGACGUUUAAUUGUCUUGAGAUGGUUGCGCCAACAUUACCCUCCGAUAUCCAAGUUGACGGCUUCACAUCGCCGCAGCCUGCGCCCACUGCGAUCGAGGGUUCGCUGGACGCAGUGCUCUCCACGGCCGCCGCCGUUCGCGCCAUUAUCCCAAUUGCAAGGCAGUACGAUGCCUUCCUCGUCGCCUGCUACAGCGAGCACCCGCUUAUCAAGGCGUUGAGAGAAGAACUCACUACUCCUGUGGUGGGUAUUAUGGAGGCAUCUCUUUUCGCUGCGAGGACACUAGGAGGCCGGUUUGGCAUUGUUGUUACCUCAUCAAGGUCUGGAGUUCUCCACACCGACUCGAUUAGACGCUAUGGGUAUGAAGGAUUCAGCAUUGGCGUGGAGAGCUGUGGGCUUGGUGUCCUUGGUCUUGAGAGGAAGGGAGAGCAGGAGGUGCUUGAUGCGAUGUGUGGUGCUGCGCGAAAACUCGUCGAACGCGGGGCGGAUGUGAUCACGCUCGGCUGUGCGGGAAUGACGAAGCUGAAGGAGGCUGUUGAGGAGGCGGUUGGACCAGAAAUACAAGUUGUUGAUGGCGUUGUUGCUGGAGUUCAUCAUCUUAUUGGGUUAUUGAGGAUGGGGGGAAGGACGGCGAAGAGGGGGGUUUAUGCUAGUUCAAGGCUGACAAGGGAGAUGAGAGGGCAGGACUAUCUGUAG